AUGGCAUCAAUCCGCACCCUCCGCCCGCUCCUCCGCAGCGCCCCACGUCUCACCACUCUCACCCCACCAACCAAGCGCUUCCUUAACUGGAGCUCCGACGCACCUCUCACCACCGCCCAAGCAACCGUAACCGGCGGUCGUCAAGGCCACGCCACAUCCCCUCACUUCGACUUCGACCUAGGCAUGCCCACCAACCUCGGCGGCGACGGCAAGAAGACCAAUCCCGAGGAGCUCUUUGCAGCAGGCUACGGUGCUUGCUUCCAAGGCGCCAUGGGUGCCACAGCACCAUCUCUCGGCCUCAAGAACCCCGAAAGCACUAUCGAGACUGACGUGCACCUCAUUGGCGACUUGAAGAAGCUGGAUCUGGGUAUUCGUGUGGAUAUGAAGAUUACGGGCAAGGACAUUAAGUUGGAGGAUCUGAAGAAGUUGGUGGAGAAGACGAAGACUGUGUGCCCGUACUCAAGGGCUACUGAGGGCAAUGUUACUACCAACAUUGAGGUGGCUGUUGAGUAA